UACAUUGGUUUAGCAGCAUAGCCAGGUCUUCUUCUUAACACACACGAUGCAAGAAGAUGUUUAAAAUGGAUUUCAGUUCUUCUUUUCUCUUGCCAUGUAUGCUGGUGAUUCUGACCAUUAUUGAUGGCAGGGCUUGUGCUGAUAUAAAAUGGCUCACUGGAAUGAUUGGCAGCAAAAUUGUCUUCCCUUUAGAACUUCAAAAUCAAAGCUCUUUAUCAGUAGCCAUAAAUGGAAUGGACCACUCGGUCAACUUAACUGUGGACUGUUUCAAAAAUGAUAGCCGGCCAAUGUGUCUGAGAAAUGGGUCCAUGGCUUUGGAAAACAUAAGACAAAGUGAUGAAGGGAUAUAUCAAUUUUUUCCUCAAAAUGAGAGCAAAACUUUCUUCCUUAGAGUAUUUGGUAAGUAUGUAGAGCCACCUACAACUGUCCAUAUUCAUUGCCUUCCUGGUGGAAAAGCAGAGCUGUUUUGUGAAGUGGGUGAUCUCUCUAGUGAUGUUUAUUGGACCCUGAAUGGGAGUGAACUGAAUGAUUCAGACAUUUGCGUGAAGGAUGGUGGUAGGAGGAUUGUUUUGGAAAAAAAAGUAAGUGGAAAGCUGAUCUGCCACAGAAGAAAUUCUCCUAUUAAAUUCUCCACUGAGCUGUUGUGUGAUGAUGGGGAUCUUCUGAAGCACCCUCUGUUCCUUAUCAUUCUGGCAGCAUCUGGAGGGGCUGCAGUCCUUUUGGCCAUUAUUGCCUCUCUGAUCACAUGCUGCUGCCUGAAAAGCAAGCAUAACUUCAUUCCGGUGCCUGCAGAAGAUGAGAAGGAUGAGGGUAUCACCCUGGCUGCCAUUUCCACUGAAGGACCAAAGAAUUCCCCUAAUGGAGACCACUGUGAAGCUACAGAUGCCACUGCUGACAGUACCACCAAUCCAGGUCCUGUGAGUUCCAAACUGGAGGCUGGAAUGGAUCUGAAUCCUAAAGUGGAGCCUGAACCAGGACCUCAAACAGAGUCACAGGCUAUGACAGAAACAGAGUUUCAAGAAGUCUUGGUUGACACUGAACCCCUGGAAGCCGUGGGUGACUGUUUCCCUGAUCCAGUUGAUGCGUGA